AUGCAACUUCUCACAUACUUUGCUACCCUUUGUGCUUUCCUAAAGUUGGCCCUUGCUGAUGUUGACAUCACCGCUCCUACCAGCGGCCAAUCCUUCAGUGCCUCAGGUGGUCUGGCCAAGGUCAGUAUUAAAUGGAAGGAUAGCAGUGACGACUCUGACGAUGCUGACUCCCUUAAGAAAGUCAAGUCUUAUGCUAUCGUCUUGUGUACUGGUAGUAACAGCAAUAUCGGCACAGUUACUACACUUACCAAGCUGUUGUCAUCAGAUGCUACCUCUUAUGAUGCUCAAAUUAAAGACACUGCUGCUCCAAAUGGUCAAUACUUUAUUCAGGUUUAUGCUGUUUUCCCAGAUGAUGGCUACAGUAUUCACUACACACCCAGAUUCAAGUUAACGGGUAUGUCAGGAGAAGCCAAGACAUUUACUUUCCCAGCUGAUUUGUUUUCUGAAACCGGUGCUCAGCCAUCGCCACAGGAGAUGGCUGCUGGAGGUGGUGGUGAAGUGAACUCCAAAUCCUUCUCCAUCACCUACACUUUGCAGAGUGGUAAGACCAAGUACGCUCCAAUGCAGACUCAGCCUGACACCACCAUCACUGCUACUACCAUCACCAGAAGACAUCCAACCUCAGCAUACACCCCAUACAAGUCGAUCAGUCCCUCGCCAAACGCGUUGUCCACGAUCACUCCCGGUUGGAACUAUAAGGUGACCUCCAAGGUCAACACAGCUUCUAUCGCUGGUUACCCAACUUACUUCUACCCUGCAUCUUCCAGAGUGAAACCUGCUACUCUUAGCGCUCAGAAGAAGAGAAGAUGGCUCGAUUAA